GUACCAGGGCGGUUCCGGGGCGGUCUCAGGGCGGUUCCGGGGCGGUCCCGGUCGGGGCCGGUCUCGCCAUGGCCGCCGGUGCGGGGCUGGCGCUGCUGGCCGCGCUGCUGGCGGCGGCCGCGGCCGAGCGGGACCGCAAGGUGUCCAUGCAGUACAACCCCGGCUGGAACGACUCCUCUGUGAACCUGCUCCACGUGCAGGCUGUGGGGCCCAGGGACAGCCUGCACUACGUGUGGAGCAGCAUUGGAGCCCCUGCCGUGCUCCUGGUGGCCACCCAGAGCCCCAGCAGUGCCCUGAGGGUCAACUGGAGCCAGCUGCUGUCACCCAGUCCUGCUGGAGCCAUCUGGAUUGAGCCUCCUGACAGCGUGGUGUAUUCUACAGCCGUGGUGUUCACCAAGCUGUUCGAGUUCAGCGAGGCCAAACCUUUGGGAGAGCUCUUCUACCCCACCUAUGACCUGGCUGAGUUCUCCUGGGACAGCCUCAACCACACCCUGAACCACACGGCGCUGACGGCCGAGCUCCGCGGGGUCCCGGCCACCGACCCCGGUGGUGGCUUCUCCAACGGCAGCCUGGCAUUCCAGAUCACAGCCUUUGAGGCCAGUGGCCGUGCUGGGCGCCUGCCCAGCCUCCUGCACACAGCAGACAGCUCCCAGCUGGAAUUUCUCCUGGCUGGGGUGGCCCCACGAGGAAACAGCUCCCGCUUUGUGCUGGAAAUGGCCACGGUGGAGGAGGCGGGGGCGGUGCGGAGGCUGCGCUCGCAGAGAUCCAUCGAUGACGAGUACACCCCCACCAUCUUCGAGGUGCUGUCCCUGGUAGCUGAGCCCCCAAACAGCAGCUCCACGCUGGGGUUCCUGCAGUGGAAGGCGACGGCGUACGGCUCGCGGAGCCCCCGGCGCGAGGAUGGCAUCCAGUGCAGGGCUCAGGGGCUGCAGGAGGCCAACUGGAGCCUGCCCCUCUCCAGCCUUCUCCAGGCUUAUUUUGGGCACAGCCUGGGCAGCAGCUGCACCAUCAGUGCCCUCAAUGUGACGUUUGGGGGAGAGGAGGGAGAGGUGUACCGGGAGAAGAGAUACCUCAGCUGGUCGGUGCUGCUGGGUUUUGGGGAGCCCCCCAGGGACACCUUCUCCCCUCUGGUGAUCUCCAUCGCUGCCGUGGCGCUGGGCACGCCCCUGGCCAUGCUGCUGCUGGGCUCCUGCCUGCUGCUGCUGGCCCGGAGGAGGCGCUACUCCGAGUAUGAGCCCAUCAACUGAGGGGCUG